AUGAUCCCAUUCCCGCUUUUCCAAACGAGGCACACUAGAAUGACCGACACGCCCACGCGGGUGUCCAUGGCGAAAGUGAUCCCUAGAGAUGCGUCAGGCAAGGUGACCGAUAUGGUUCGUAGCAGUGGACGUAGUGGCACCAACCAGCUCAGCAAGAACGAGUCUCCUUUGUAUACACUUCCGUCGCCCAAGACGCCCAAUGGCGUGAGCAGUGCACCGGUAUCUCCGCAGAAAGGCACUCGACUGCACAUUAUGGGCGCCAGUAUGCACGACCUCAAGCUCAACCACAUUUUCCGUCCCCGAGCGAGCAGACACGGCGAGACUCCAAGCCGUCAAGAAGACAUUGGCAUUUCCUUCGUGUCGCUCGAGUUUUCCAAUGCAGAAAUGGAGCAACGAUUCACGUUGGCUCGAUGUGUCAAGUACCAGACUCGACUCAAAUUUGGAGCAGGAUUCACCGCCUUCUUUAUUCCAUUGCUGGUUAUUAUGCAAGUGAGCUUCAAGGCCAACUCGGAAGAUGGUGGCAAGUGGACCCAGCUACCGCUGGUUAUGGUCUUCCCGGGUGUCGUCACCUUAAUGGGGAUACUCGUGAUCCUCUUCCAACACUUUUUCAUGACCCACAUGCGCUGGUUAACUCUGGUCUGUCUAAUCGGACAGAUCAGCGCGUUACUAGACACCACGGCUGCUGGUACUAUGGUGAGCGAACGUAACAUUUGGGUGCAGUUCAUCUUCUCACUGGGUAUCACGAGCUCGACGGGGUUAACCUUUCUCAAGUCGACUACAGUGCUGGUGUGCUCCAGUAUAUUCUUCCUGAUUCUAGCUUGGGUCCGCUUUGCUAGUAAAACGUCCACUGAACAGCUCAGUGCUCCUGGAACCGUGAGUGCUGCUAUUAUCCUCUACUCGAUCUUGCUCUGCUUCUUGUCGUGGAACUGGGAGUACGAAGAACGUCGCGACUUCGUGUUGACUGAAAGACUCGCUCAAGAGAACGUUAUGGUGCAGAUGACCAUGGAGAUGACUGGCUGGUUCAGCGGUGGAGCUGCAGAUCAAUCGCCCGACAACAGAUCCGACGCUGGUGGUAUUCUCAGUGCGAAUUGCCACAUCGACCCCAAGGACGUGCUAGUAAAGGAGGAACUGGGUGAAGGAACCUUUGGUUGUGUGUAUGCAGCCACGUGGAAAGAGACUCGCGUUGCUGUUAAAAAGAUCACUUUACAGGGUGACACCAAGUCCAUCGUGACGAGUUUUGGCUCAGAAGCAAGUGUCAUGGCUCAACUGCGUCACCCGAACGUGGUCAUGUUCAUGGGCGUCAUGGUUCACCCGGAAUUCGUCGGUCUGGUCAUGGAACUCUGCCCUAAAGGAAGUGUGUACAGCGUCAUCCACAAUAACGACGUUAAGAUCGAUUGGUCUUUGUUGCUGCGUAUGAUGGUCGACUCGAGUCGUGGAAUGCACUUCUUGCACUCGAGUAAACCGCCUAUUCUCCACCGAGACCUCAAGAGUGUGAACCUACUUAUUGAUGCCGACUGGAGAUGCAAGGUAUCGGACUUUGGUCUCUCCAAGCUCAAAGCGUUCCGUGAAGAUCGAAAUGAUGCGAGUAUGAACGCUAAUACUAAUACUGGGAACACGCCUAAUGUUUCUCGGGUGUUCAUCGGCUCGAGUGUCUGGAUUGCACCUGAGGUAUUCAAGGGCGAGGAACACACUGAAAAGACCGACGUGUACAGCUUCGGUGUCAUCAUCUUUGAAGCGUUGAGCAGCUCUGUGCCGUACAAUUCCAUCUCGGUAGAUGCAGUUCCCUUUGUGGUUCAAGCUGGAAAACGUCCUAUUGACUUCCACGCUUUGGAGUUACCUGAAGGGGAUGCUAUGCAGGAUCUCUACACUCUCAUGACACGUUGCUGGAGCGCUGAGAUUUACGCUCGGCCGUCAUUCUCUGUCAUCAUUUCGACGCUGCAGUCUAUUCUGACCAAACACUGCGGUGACGAGAAGUGGGAAGAUCAUAUUAUCUACCCCGACCGGAAGAUCGUAAGCGCUUCGAACGCACCAGCGGAUGACGAUGGAUUGUCUAUCCGUGAGGAGGAUUUGGUUAUCGAUUCGGCUAUCGGACGCGGCGUCUUUGGAGUCGUGUACAAGGGCAGCUACUUCGGUACUCCUGUCGCCAUUAAGAAGCUACAUGUGAGUGGUGUACCUAAGAACACAUUGGUGGAAUUUGAGAAGGAGUGCAGUAUCAUGAAAGGUCUACACCAUCCGAAUAUUGUGCUGUUCAUGGGCUCCUGCUCCAAGCCACCUACGCUCUUGCUGGUGACUGAGCUGCUUGCGAAUGGAAGUUUCUUCGAUAUCUACCACAAGAUGCCACGUCCUGAACCAGCUCGUCAGUUGCGUCUGGCUUACAGCAUAGCGUUCGACAUGGCCAAAGGAUUGGCGUAUCUGCACAACCACAAUCCGAUCGUGAUUCACCGCGAUCUCAAGUCCCAGAACAUCCUGUUGGACGAUCGGAUGCGCACCAAAAUUGCAGACUUUGGUCUAUCCAAGUUCCGUGAUGUUGGUAAGACGAUGUCUAUCUGCGGUAGUCCGCUCUGGGUGGCACCGGAAGUGCUCCGUGGUGAGAAAUAUGGCACUCCAUGCGACGUCUACAGCUUCUCGAUCAUCGUUUGGGAGGCACUGGCUUGGGGAGAGCCUUACCCGGAUCUGGGUUCGAGUGACAUAAUGAACGGCGUUGCUGGAGGAAAUCUACGCCCGACUGUGCCGGACGGAACACCUACAGCGCUGGCCAGGUUGCUAGAAGAGUGCUGGACCAAAAAGCAGGACCAGCGCCCGACGUUUAACGAACUCGUACCAAGACUCGAGGCUAUGGGCAAGGAUUUCGGAGUCUAG